UCUCGUGAUAUUUCCCGCUGUGAAUCAUACGCUACAGCUUUUGGAAGAGACCGUGUGAUAUGCUGGCGUCCGUACGAACAAGUUGGAGACAUCUAACACAGUAGCGCUUUUCCAACAGAACAUUUCCUUCAAUAUCCAGGUCUGGAGGGCCGCAAUUCCGGAUACAUUGCCUCGACCAAGGAGAAGAACAUAGGAAGAUGUCUGGAAAAGUCAAGUUAUACUACUUCUAUGGCAGAGGUUUAAUGGAGUCCAUACGCUGGCUGCUUGCAACGGCUGGUGUUGAGUUCGAAGAAGAGAUUUUGGAAACAAGGGAACAAUAUGAAGCAUUAGUUCGAGAUGGAUUCCUGUUGUUUCAUCAAGUACCAAUGGUGGAAAUUGAUGGAAUGAAACUUGUUCAGAGUAAAGCCAUUCUCCAGUACAUUGCUGCAAAGUAUAAUCUUUAUGGGAAGGACCUGAAGGAGAGAGCGCUGAUUGAUAUGUAUGUGGGAGGUACUACAGAUUUUAUGGAGAUGAUCAUGGAGUACCCAUUCAUUCAGCCAGAGAUGAAAGUUGAACACCUCAACAAGAUUGUGCAAAAAGGCAAAAACAGAUACUUUCCGGUUUAUGAAAAGAUCCUAAGAGAUCAUGGUGAGAAGUACCUACUUGGAAAUCAGUUUAGCUGGGCUGAUGUGCAGCUGCUGGAGGCCAUCCUAAUGAUGGAAGAAAAAUGUGCUGAUCUACUGACCAAUUUUCCUCUCCUUAAGAGCUUCAAAACAAGAAUUUGUGAAAUUCCUACAAUCAAGGCUUUCCUGCAGCCUGGGAGUCAGCGGAAGCCAGUGCCUGAUGAGAAAUACGUGCAGACAGUGAAGAAAGUUCUGCUGAUGUAACAUGGACUAGUUCCUGGACGUUCUACUAACUACCCAUCACACUAUAAGCUUGUCUGCUAUCAUAAGAAACAUAUUGGGGGAGACUUAUUAUUCAAAAUGCGUCCAAAAAAGCUGGCAUAUGUGCUUUACAAGACAAUGCUUGUGGCGUAGCGAAAGGGGCGUGACUUAGAUGGGAC